CCCUUUGUCAGUCAACAUGAAGACACUACUUCCGCUGUUAGCCGCAUUGUCUCUGACGGCAGCGCUCCCCAAACCGAGAAUCAAACACCUUCCGGUUGAGGGAGAGCUCGAAAUAUCCGUUGAAGAUGUACCCGGAGUUCGAUGGACCGCAGUGCAGUAUCAUCUUGCUGGGAAAUCCUCCGUCGGCACAUUGUAUCCUUCAGUGGAUGGCGUUUGGAGGCACCGGGCGGAUGUGGCAGGCUCCAGGUCUGGAAAGCUCAAGUACACACUGAUAGGACAGACAAACGGGGAACCAGUUGUCACUUCCGGUACAGUCGACACAGACAGUGAUGAUCGCGGCGCGGUAGUUGUGUCCCCCCAGGAGCGGCCGAGACGUGGACGGACGCUAGUAUUUCGGGACGACUUUAACAGCCUGGACACGGGCGCCUGGGAGUACGAGGUUUCCAUGUACGGUGGAUAUAACUGGGAGAUUCAGGUGUACACGAACGACCCUCUGAACGCAUUUACACGGAACGGACACCUCUUCCUUAAACCUACCCUGACCGCUGACAAGUUCAAUGAGAGCUUUCUAACUACCGGAGUUAUGGAUGUAAGAUCGAUCUGGGGCAAAUGCACCAACGAGGACCGGUACGGCUGUCACCGGGAGGGCAGGUACGGCCUCCUGCCGCCAGUCAUGUCCGCCAAGCUCAAGAGCCGCAAAACCGUCCGCUUUGGUUACGUGUGUGCGAGGGCGCGUAUCCCCCAGGGCGACUGGAUAUGGCCAGCGAUCUGGAUGUUACCACAGAGCAGUCACUACGGCCAGUGGCCGCGGUCCGGGGAAAUCGAUCUCAUGGAGAGUCGUGGAAACAGUGUCGCCCGUGCUCCCGACGGUAACGACCAUGGUCGGAAUGAGGUCGGCUCCACGAUGCACUGGGGCCCUGACGCAGGACAAAACAAGUUCUACUUAACCCACGGGGAGAGGGACGACGGGUCUUUCUCUACGCAGAUGCACGACUACUGUGUGGACUGGACCCAGGACCACAUCUCUAUCACGGUGGACGGUCAUGAGGUGAUGCGAACGGGCGGUAAUUUCUGGCAGAAGGGAGGCUUCGGGGGUUCCAACCCCUGGGCCGGCGGCUCCCACAUGGCCCCCUUCGAUCAGCCAUUUUACUUGAUCCUGAAUGUGGCGGUCGGCGGCACGAGCGGAUUUUUCCCGGACGACUGGACGUACAACUCCCGGAAACCAUGGAGGGACGGCUCCACAAAGGAGUUAGAGGAAUUCUGGGCUGCACGGCAUGAGUGGCAGCCUUCGUGGCAGGGUGACAUGGUUGCCAUGGAAGUGGACUGGGUCGAAAUGUACCAAUAUUGAUCGCUUUCGGCCGCUAUUGACCAGUGCUGACCGCUACUCCGUGGCCGAGCACUCUCGGAUUCUUCAUUGUCAUUGUACUUUUCUGUCACAAACUCAAUGCCAUCA